AUUAAAAGCAUAGCGAUAUGAAUGAUUAACCUUUAGUAUAGCUGAUAAGGGCCACAGCAGCAUCUGUUAGUGCAAUUGUGUGGUUCUGCCAUGCAGAAUGACCUUGGUGAUUCUAGAGAGAUGUAUCGCUGUUGCUAGGCAACGCUCUGAUGAUGGAGGACCGUUACGACGUUCUCAGGUGGAAAGUCAAGCGAACACAGCGGUAGAGGAGCUGCUAACCAGCUAGAUAAACAACGACAGACACCCCCUCCUCCUGAAAGACAGCUCUGAAUACGAAAUAGACUGAUGUAAACAUUCAGAAAUUGACUCGAAGCUUUUAAUGACCCAUAAACGGAACGAGGCACACAAAAACUGCACGAAAAGCGAUGUAGCAAGCUAACUUUAGCGAAGUGCUUAGCGCGAGACUUCUCACGCCAUGGACUGUGACGGGUGUCGAGUCCCUUGUCCUCUGCCUAGUUUGGAUUCGCAGGACGAUGCCAUAGAUACAGACUUGCACACCUUAAGUCACACACAUAUGAGGAAAGCAUUUCGGCUUAUGAAUGACUUGAGAAGCCGAAGGAUGCUUUGUGAUGUUCUGCUGGUGGCAGGAGAAGUGGAGGUACCAGCACACAGAGUAGUUCUUGCCUCCUGCAGUCCGUACUUCUGCGCAAUGUUCACAGGUGACAUGAGUGAAAGCAAAGCUCACCACAUCGAGAUCAGGGAUGUUGAUGGACAGAUGCUCAUGAAGCUGGUGGAUUAUAUUUACACCGCAGAGAUUGAAGUGUCUGAGGAAAAUGUUCAGGUGCUGCUUCCAGCUGCCAGCCUGCUGCAGUUGAUGGAUGUUCGGCAGGUUUGCUGUGACUUCUUGCAGGCCCAACUCCAUUCCACCAACUGCCUGGGCAUCCGAGCAUUUGCUGACCUUCACGCCUGCACAGGACUGCUCAGCCAAGCCCAUGCCUAUGCAGAGCAGCACUUCACAGAUGUCAUGCUGGGUGAGGAGUUCAUGGCCCUUUCCCUGCAGCAGGUGUGCAGUCUGAUCUCCAGUGACAAACUGACUGUGUCCACUGAAGAGAAGGUUUUUGAGGCUAUGAUUGCAUGGAUAAAGCACGAUAAAGAGGCCCGUUUGGAGCACAUGCCUAAGCUAAUGGAACAUGUUCGACUGCCUCUACUAUCCAGAGAUUACCUUGUUCAGAUCGUAGAGGAGGAACCCUUAAUAAAAAACAACAACACUUGUAAAGACUUUCUAAUUGAGGCGAUGAAGUACCACCUUUUACCUGCAGACCAGCGGCAUCUUAUAAAGACAGACAGAACCCGACCACGCACACCAGUCAGUCUGCCGAAGGUGAUGAUGGUAGUGGGGGGUCAGGCUCCUAAAGCCAUCCGCAGUGUGGAGUGUUAUGACUUCCAGGAGGACCGCUGGUACCAGGUGGCCGACUUACCCUCCAGACGCUGUCGAGCAGGUGUGGUGUAUAUGGCCGGCAAGGUGUAUGCAGUGGGGGGGUUUAACGGCUCUCUGCGUGUGCGGACAGUAGAUGUGUAUGACGGGCUGAAGGAUCAGUGGAGCUCUGUCCCCAGCAUGCAAGAGCGUCGCAGCACUUUGGGUGCAGCCGUACUGGAGAACCUGCUGUAUGCUGUCGGGGGAUUUGACGGAAGUACAGGCUUGUCGUCAGUGGAGGUGUAUAACCCCAAGACUAAUGAGUGGAUGUUUGUGGCUCCCAUGAACACCAGGCGCAGCAGUGUUGGGGUGGGCGUUGUUGAUGGGAAGCUCUAUGCUGUUGGAGGAUAUGAUGGUGCAUCUCGCCAGUGUUUGAGUACUGUAGAAGAGUAUAACCCAGCCAGUAAUAAAUGGUGCUAUGUGGUGGACAUGAGCACCAGACGCAGUGGAGCAGGUGUUGGAGUGCUCAAUGGACAGCUCUAUGCUGCAGGUGGGCAUGAUGGUCCUCUAGUGAGGAAGAGUGUGGAGGUCUAUGAUGCCGCCACUAACACCUGGAGACCGGUGUGUGACAUGAACAUGUGUCGUAGGAACGCAGGAGUGUGUGCCAUAAACGGGUUACUGUAUGUCAUCGGAGGAGAUGAUGGGUCGUGCAACCUGUCCUCUGUAGAGUACUAUGACCCUGCAAUUGAUAAAUGGAGUCUCAUACCAACCAACAUGGGCAAUGGCCGCAGCUACGCAGGGGUGUCGGUCAUUGAUAAAACAUUAUGACUAAAGGUCCUGGGCAGCAGGUCUCUCCACGCCUGGCAAAGGAUCAGCUGUGAAAGACAGACAGAGAUUUAAAUCCGAAUCCAGAUGCUGGUGGAGCUCUGUAUGAACUUUCUACCCUGCUUACUACCCUCUGGAUCCUAGUGAAGUUGCUUGAAGCCCAUCUUGAAGCCCAUCUUAAAGCCUGACUGCUUCACUCACACACACACACUGAGCUUGGACCUCUCCCAGUCUCCAGAAAGUGCCAUUUGACUUUUAACAGAACAGGCCACAUUGUUCUCAAAUACAAUGAGUGUUAAAUGAGCCCUCAUAUAAAGUGACUAAGUUGGACUAAAUAUGGCUGGACAGAGCGUAAAAGUACAUACUAAAUUAACCAUUCCCUCUGCUGACUGGCGUGGAAAUAAAUUGAGUGGCAGUCUUUUUGCAGGUGAAGAUUGUGCCAACAGAGGGCCUCCCUGCCGGCUUUACUACUGACUCCGAACAAAGCACUGAUUUAUUUGAUUUGACCAUUUCAUUCACCGGUUCAACAUGAACAUGUAAUGCAGUGCCAGUAUUUGGUUAUUCUGGCUUUAGUUUGACACUAAUGCACGUCCCUUUAAUCGGAUCUGGACAUGCUCUCUACUCUUACAAAGGGAUAUUGCUCUGACUGCAUAUCACUGACUUCCAUUUUUUGGUGACAGGGUUACUUGCUUGUUUUUAAUUUGUAUUAAAAAUAUUAUGGAAACAAGACUGUAAAGAAAUGAUCAGUAGUUUGAAAGUUGUUUUAACCAGCUCCUUUUGUGUCAAUGUAAAAUUAUGUUUCAACUGGUAAACAGAAACACCAUAUAAACCAUCACAGGGUAAUGUGCCAAAUGUAACACUUAAUCAUAUGGAUAAUGUUCUCUUAUAUAAGCACUUUUCAUGAUGCAGUUUUGUUGUGCAAUCGUCCAUGUUGGACAUACAGAGCCUAAACAUGAUAAAAUAUGUCUUUUAACAUUUCAAAACAAAUAAUUUAUACAUUUUCACUGAAAUAGUACUGGAUUGCAUAUCUCUCAGCCAAACAUAACAGAAUCUUUGGUCAAAUUUCAUUGUACAUCUUAUUCAGCAGAGCUGGUGAAUGCACCUACAUUACAGUACAACACAGCGAGGCACUUACAAUGGAUGUGAAUUGGGCCAAUUUUUGGAGGGUUUAAUGUGAGCUUCACAGAAAUGUUAAGCUUAUAUUUUUAUAAAAGCAGUUACAUGAAUUCUUCUGUCAAAACUUGUGUAUUAAUAAGCUGUAAAGUUGCUUAAAUCUUAAUUUGUAUAGUCUUUUAAGGAUGUUUAAGGUGUUGCAUCAUGGCAACAAAGAUGUAAAAUUAGAUUUAACUUCACGCAGAAAGUCUUACUAAAUCUCACUAAAAUCAUGCUAACACACAUAAUGUUUACAUAAUGUUUAAUUUUGUAACUGAGUAUUUUAACAUUUACAGUUUGGCUCCAUUGACUUCCAUUGUAAGUGCCUCACUGUAAUCUUGAUUUUUUUUUAUUUUUUUUAUUUUUUAGAAAGGGAGGGACAGGUUGAAAUACUUUUUGUGGUAAUCAGUGUUAUGCCACAAACACAGUCAAUUGAACUUGUAUUGAAUCCUGAAUAUUCCUUUAAAUAACAAUAAGCAAGUCCUAAACAUGUCCAUGGCCUUUUUUCCUCCUGCCUGUUGAACAUCCUGUUUACAAAACAGAUAAUUGUGAAAUGAAAAAAAUGAAUUGUGUUGUCAGUAAUUAGUACGAAUGUAUCAUUGAUAAAACAAGCAGUCUGUUUACAUUCCAAACUCACAUAUCACAAAUUUUGACAUUAACUAUUAAACCUAAACUGCUGCCUCCUUUUAUUUGUUGAUAUAAGUCAUACUAUGCAGGAAACCUUGCUUCAUAAGGUUUUGAUUCGACCUGGGAAGAAUGUCCCCAGCGGCUUAGAGCUUAUUUUGUGCUAUGGCUGGUAUAACCGCUGCCAUUAUCGUUAAUGUGUUUAUAAAUAAUUAUCAACAAUUCUAAAACUGUUGUGACAUUCCAAUGUGGUGCGUCAUCUAUGGAUUAUGCGCAUACGUGGUUUGUGAAAAUAA